CCAUAUAUGCAUCGCCGUAUCGGCUAUAAAUGCAGCGUGUUGAGCCAUGUCCCUCCUGGGUCGUGCAAGCUUAGCUCAUUUGGAACCAGCAGGUGACAAGCAGAGAUAGAGGAGCAAUGGCUGGUUCGUCUUCAAUGGACACUGAAGCUGCAGGCCAACAGCUCAAGCAUGGCAGCGGCUACAGCAUCCCGGCUACUGCUCAUGCGGUGGACACAGACUCGUGGCAGCAGGUGGGCCUGCUGAUGGUGAUCGGCUUCAACUGCGCCUACGUGCUCAGCUUCUCCAACCUCAUGAUGGUGCCCCUGGGCUGGGCAUGGGGCGUCGCCUGCCUGCUGCUCGUCGGCGCCGCCGCAUGGUACGCCAACUGGCUCCUCGCCGGCCUCCAUUUCGUCGACGGACAGAGGUUCAUUCGCUACAGGGACCUCAUGGGCUUCGUAUUCGGGAGGAACAUGUACUACAUCACUUGGUUCCUGCAGUUCACCACUCUACUUCUGUGCAACAUGGGCUUCAUUCUACUAGGAGCAAGAGCACUCAAGGCAAUCAACAGCGAGUUUACCCACACCCCUGCCAGGCUGCAGUGGUUCGUCACCGCGACGGGAUUCAUCUACUUCGCCUUCGCCUACUUCGUGCCCACGAUUUCUGCCAUGAGGAACUGGCUCGCCACGUCGGCCGCGCUGACAUUAGCUUACGACGUCGCUCUGCUGGCUAUCCUCAUCAGAGAUGGGAAAUCGAACAAGCAGAAGGACUACAACGUCCAUGGGACCCAAGCCGAGAAGGUGUUCAACGCGUUGGGCGCCGUCGCCGCCAUCGUCGUCUGCAACACGUCCGGGCUGCUCCCGGAGAUACAGUCGACGGUGCGGGAGCCGGCGGUGCGCGGCAUGCGGCGGGCGCUGCUUCUGCAGUACACCGCCGGCGCCGCGGGGUACUACGGCAUCAGCGUGGCGGGGUACUGGGCGUACGGGUCGGCGGUGUCGGAGUACCUCCCCAACGAGCUCGGCGGGCCAAGGUGGGCCGCCGUGCUCAUCAACGCCACCGCCUUCCUGCAGAGCAUCGUCUCCCAACACCUGUUCACGGUGCCGAUCCACGAGGCGAUGGACACGCGGCUGCAGCGGCUGGACGAGGGCAUGUUCUCCCGGUACAACCUCACGCGACGCCUCUGCGCGCGGGGGCUCGUCUUCGGCUUCAACGUCUUCGUCACCGCGCUGUUCCCGUUCAUGGGGGACUUCGUCAACCUCGUCGGCUCCUUCGCGCUCGUCCCGCUCACCUUCACGUUCCCUAGCAUGGCCAUCCUCAAGAUCAAAGGGAAGAGCGGCGGGAGAUGUAACAGACUUUGGCAUUGGGGGAUCAUCGUUUUCUCCUCGGUUCUCUGCGUCGCUACCACCGCCGCCGCCGUUCGUCUGAUCUUCAACAAUGCUAGGAUCUACCACUUCUUCGCUGACAUGUAGUAAGGAGUCCAAAAAACACGAUUAGGUGAUAUUGCCACUUCUCAAUUUUUUUUUUGUUUUGGUGAGGAAUGAAAGGGUCACCUCAUGUUUGGUAAGGACGACCACAUGCAUGAUCAAUAAGCAUCAUGUAGUCAUCCUAUCGAAAUUUAGAAAUGAGCUUAUUGUGGUGGACCACCUCCUCAAAACAAAGAUCUCUGUUCUUAAUUAAUGCGAGCUUAAAGACAACUCGUGAGGUGCUCUUUUAAACGCCA